AUAAAAUAAUUUGAGAGGCUAAAGAGCAACGGGGCAAACAGUCGAUUAGUCAGGCGCUUAAGAUGUGAAAGACAUAGCAUCACAACUCCGACCUGCGGCCAUAGACGUCAGCCAUUUUUUUCGAAGAAUAAUCCUGGAAGUGUCAAAAUGGUGUCGGAAGAUGGCAUCGUCAUGUUUUUCCUCCGACCGUUCCUGAGGCUCCAGAGACGCCUGUGGGACUACGCAGUGACCCUUUUGUUCUUCGUCCUCAAAGGCUGGAGGAGAAAGACUCCACUUCCGCCCGUCUUCAACCCGACGCUGAUGCAUUCUGCUGUCGACUUGGCGAGAUACAUCAGGGAAGGAAAGAUGAGCAGCGUGGAUGUGGUGCGUGCGUACAUAACCAGGGCCAGCGACGUCAAUCCGGUCCUGAAUGCAAUAACUCAAGAAAGCUUCAAGGCAGCGCUUCUGCAAGCGAGGAGAGUGGACGAAAUGCUGAAUAAGGGCUUGAAAGACGGAACAUUGACGGUUGAAAUGUUGGAAAGGAGGAGGCCGUUCUUGGGUGUUCCCUUCACAGUGAAAGAAACCAUUGCAGUGGCAGGAUUUCCUCAUACCGGAGGUCUGGUUGCUCGAGAAGGCCUGCUCUCUCCUUCCGACGCAUCCGUCGUGGCCAAAAUGAGGAAGGCUGGGGCCAUUUUGUUAGGCACGACUAACGUCUCCGAACUUGGUAUGUGGUGGGAGAGUGACAACAAAGUCUAUGGCAGAACCAACAACCCUUACGACACCAGGAGGACGCCAGGAGGGUCAUCGGGAGGAGAGGCUGCAUUAAUGUGUGCUUGCGGCACUCCACUCAGUAUCGGCACGGACUCGGGAGGGUCCCUGCGCAUCCCAGCUUUCUUCUGCGGCCUCUUCUCCCACAAACCAACAAAUGGCAUCGUUUCAGUACAAGGCUGCAACGUCCACCACCAUUCCCAGUACAGUGAAAUUCAAAGUGCAGGACCGAUAUCCCGCCACGCCAGAGACUUGAGUCCAGUGUUGGCUACUCUGGCUGGUGACAGAGUGUCUCAGCUGUCACUGAGUAAAAGGGUUGACCCCGGACGCCUGAAAAUCUUUACCAUGGAAAAUGACGGAGAUGAAAUCUGGUGCACUCGCCCAAGCCGGGAAUUAGUGGCCGUACAGAUGGCCGUGGCACACCAUUUCCGCCACACUUAUGACAUCACAGUCCGUAAAGUUAAUAUUCCCGGCAUGAAAUAUUCUUACAGAAUUUGGCAGGAAAAGAUGAAGGAAGAAUUUGGCGACGACCAAAUGAUGUUUAAGCAGCUCGCAAAUAAUAAGGGCGAGAUAAACCUCUGGACGGAAAUCAUGAGAUCUUUGCUGGGACGAGCGCGUCACACGGUCCCCUCCCUGGCUCAGGCGGCUCUGGACAAACUUGUGGGAGAGAUCACCUUCUUAAAGCAACAGAAGAGGGUUCUUCAAGGGAAGGAAGACGCGCCUCUAAGGCAGAACAGCAUCAACGAUGAAUCUGUAAAUAAAGCUUUGCAAAUGAAAAUUCAGAGACUCCUGGGGGAGGAUGGAGUUCUCUUGUACCCGAGUCACCCGACACUGGCGCCCUAUCACAGCGAAUCCUUCUUCAGACCUUUCAACUUUGCUUACACGGCUAUCUUUAACGCCCUGGGCUUCCCGGUUACGCAGGUUCCCCUUGGACUGUCACCCAGUGGCAUUCCUCUGGGUAUCCAAGUUGUGGGCGGUAUGUACCAGGAUCAUAUCACUAUCGCUGUUGCCCAAGACUUAGAAACUGCUUUCGGGGGAUGGGUCUGCCCUUCCAAAAUUCUAUGAGGAUGUAGUAGGUCCAGCCAGUCUGAGAUGGUAGCCAACCCCAGGAUCAGGACCUCGCAAGAAAUAUUUUCCUUUUAAAGAAAUCACAUUCUUUACUGUCAAAAGUAAACGCUAACUAAAUGUGAAAUACCAAAUAAGUGAAUUUUUAAGAAUGUUCAACUUCUGGGUAAGAUCCUAUAUAAGCGUGUGAUGUAUCAUUUUCCCACGAAACAUGUUCACUUUAUUUUGGAGGGCGAGUAACAAGAGAAUUCAGCUUAAAUAAUACGUUCUCCGUGUGGAAAUCAGUGGAACAAAAACCUAAACUUUGUUGUGAAUAAUAUACGUGAUGACCAUCAAUAUAUUCUUCAUACUGAUGAGGAACAUACAUUUUAUCUUUUUUUGGUUACUGAGCAUAGGGCAAGUUUACCUAAAUCUCCAGUAUGUGUGUAAAACUUAAAAAUUGUAGAGGAGAUGGGAUUUGUUAUGCUCACUACUAUUUCUAGUUUAAAAUGGUAGUUUUAUAGUCAGGCGAUACUAAGUAAAAUUGCACGAAAGAUGAAUAAAAAUCAUUGCUACAG